AUGGAGCAGCGGGCGAACCGCGCACGGAACGCGCUUCUUUCCGGUAAUAGCGGCGAUUCGAGCGUCGGAAGUACAUCAUGGCCGGGAGUGUGGGGCGCUGACAACCUUCCGCCCCUGCCGUACGACGGCACGGACUCGGGACGUGCGCCGCGUCCCGACGCUGUCAGCGCGACGCGUGCCGAGGACGGCGACGCGAAGCGCAAACGGAGUGCACUGAGCGACGAGGAGCCUGCGAAACGUGCGCGUGAGGAUGCGAGACCAUCGCUGGACCCUGUCCUCGAGCGGCGCGACACGUAUGCGCACGACGCGCUCGACACGAUCCGCGAGCUGCAUCCGCAGUUUGUCGACCACGAAGGCGCCUCUGAAGACGCGCAGCUAGUGCUGGACGACCCACUCUCGUUCCCCCUCGAGUCGCGCUACGAUUCCGAGACGCGUACCGGGCUCGCCGAGGCCGCCGUCGCAGCGGCGGCAGCGAUGCAAUCGCCGCCGACCGACGGCGUGCCGCGGCGCCUGCAGCCGCGGGGCGAGGACGCGCCCCGGAAACAGCUCAAGCCAGCGCAGGAAAAGACGCGCGCCGCGUUUGUCGCUGCGCACGCUGGGCAGACAUACGAGCAGAUGGUCCUGGAGCGAGCCUACUCCAGUGACCGGCUGUACUGGCUCAAAGAAGCGUAUGGCCUCUCGUGGCGGACCGGGCGCUGGAGCCAAGAAGAAGAGGAGCUCGCGACGGCUGCGCUGGAAAAGUUUUGCAAGCACUACAAGCUCUCCUCUGCCGGGCUGGACGAGCUCAUCUGGCACCGCAAGCCCGAGCAGAAGCACAUGCACGAGGAGCUCUGGAAGCACAUUGCCCUUUCUGUCGGGACGCGCCCCAACUAUGCGGUGCGCAUGCACAUCAAGUCGAUGCGCAAAGACGUGGUACGCGGUGGCAACUGGACCCAAGCCGACGUCGACGCGCUCACCGCGGCCGUGGCCGAACUGGGCCACCAGUGGGAGAAAAUUGGCGCGCGGCUGGGCCGCUCUGGCAACGUCUGCAAGCACUACUGGCGCGAGCAGAUGCAGAGCAGCCACGCGGCGCAGGUCCCCCAAGGCGCCUUUCGGCCGGAGGAGGAGGCGGCGCUGCGUCGUGUCGUGCUCGACUGCUGCGAGAAGGUGGGCUGUGCCCCCGACGGUCCUAAUCUGCCCUGGACGCUGAUCCACGAGCAGCUGGGCCCCUCGACGCGGCGCAUCAGUGUGCUCUCCCGCAAAUGGCGCGGCAUGCUCAGUGCUGAGCGGCGCAAUUUGGAGGACCAAAAUGCACGCUGGUACGCCCCCCACGACGACCAUGUCCUGCUGCAGCGCAUCCGGGCACAGCGCAAGAGCAGUACCGCGGACAUUGAGUUUGACAAGCUCGCGUCCGACGACUGGCAAUGGCCGACGUAUGUGGUCAAGAAGCACUGGACCGUCAUGCUCCGCAAGCGCAUCCCCGCCCAUUUCCAAGGCACGCUCGACGAGCUCCUCAGUCUUUUAGAGAGCCGCGUGCCAUCGCCCGACGAAUACAAGAUGCUGGCGUCGGGUCGCCGGCCGGCCAAGUCGCCUCCCCUCGGCAGCUAUGCGGAAGCGGCGUGA